AUGCGCCAUAUCGAGCGAGACUGUUUUCAGCAGAACGUCGUCCCGGCCGACAUCGGCUAUGAUUUUCAUUUUUCGUCCUCGUCACGUCCAACCGAGUCGCAAGGAUCCACUUAUCAUGCACCCAACGAAUCGCCAAAAUACGAUAGACAACACAGCAAAGCAAAGGUGUCGCCGAGUGGAUCGACGCCUUACCAAUGCAGGGACUUGGUCGUCCAUGUCAGCCUCAAGCCGAAGCCAUAUGGCGAGAGUCGAGGAGGUCCCACGGCGGCUCAAACUGGAGCCAAGAGGAUCCGCUUAUUUCCGCCAGAUACCCGGCCGGCUGCUGCUGUGCAGAUCCACCAGUCCAAUGGAAAUUUCAAAUUGGCAUCAUCGCAUGAUUCCCUGUUGAAGCCUCGCGUUCCAUCACGAUGGAGCAGCUGGGUGUACGAGGACAUCGUGGUUAUUCCCACUGGAGUACAUCAUCCCAGCGACCCGGCACCGCAUGCCGGAGAGGAGCGUGCGUUCCCACGUCGGCUGUAUUGGGAGGGUCUCGGACCGUCCACCUUGACGGCCACUAAUGACACUGCCGCCGAGUGGCCCCUCCGGGAAUCCUGUUGCGGUGUUGUGGUGGGUCAGAUGGAGAUGGAGACGGCUCCUGGCAUCGAGAGCUUUCGCGCCCUUGGAGCCAAGCAUGGGUCGGACUCGGACGGAGAUACCCAAGGCCACUUGAAGACGAAAGGAAGAGACAAGACGUGUUCGUCAUUAUCGCCAGAUAUUGGACCAAGCGAAUGGCUGGAUGCAGCUACCGGUACAUCUUCAGACAUCCCGGACACUUUAUGCAUGGCCGACUGGACUGUUACCUCUUCUGGCUCGCCGUCUGUGUUCCGACUGCCGUCCCCCGGUCCCUCCCUCAGAUUCCCCAAUCACUGCGAAUACUAUCGGGAAUCAUCCUCAUCGUCAACCACCAUCGCCUUCACGGCCCAGACACUGCCAGCAGCUACCCUUGAAUAUCGCCCACACAGCCGGCUUCCACAGGGCAACUGCAUACAUACUACUUGCGGGAGAAAGGAAUACAACAUUGUGCCUCCCACGCUUUUGGCAACGCCAUCCAACCAUCAGCCGUUAUCUUAUCCCACCCUUGACGGGACUCCCACCCCCCAACCCAACGCCCAACCCCUCAUUCCUUUCGCCAAGGCGCCUCUGCAUCCCAUCACGGGGAGGAGCAGCGAAGCAUAA